AUGACUCGCCACUGCGCAAAGCUGAUGAUAUCCCUCUGCCAUUCCCCCUCCUCCUCCUCCUCCUCCUCCUCCUUAUUUCUUCUGUUUCAUUCUCUCUCUAACACCACCACAUCCACAAGCCCUACUUCUGCUGCUGCUGCUGCUGCUGCUGUAAUACCCAAUCAAGGAGUCAAACCUAAAGCCUUACCCAAACAACCAUGCAAUUUGGGUCCCAAUGAUCUUCAAUCUGCUUUGAUUUCGUUCAAUCGCAUGCUCCAAAUGCGACCUUUGCCCCCCAUUUCUCAAUUCAACAAAGCGUUAGGGCCUAUUACCAAAAUGGGUCAUUACGACAUCUCUCUUUCUCUUAUUCUCAACAAGCUGCUACACUUCCAGGGCAAUCAGCUCAAUAUCUACACCUUCAACAUUGCUAUUAACUAUAAAACCCCUGAAGCUGUAGAGUUAUUUGAGAAAUUAAUCACAACUAGAGAAAUUGAACCCAACGUGGUUAUGCAUGGAACCAUUGUUAAUGGGCUUUGCAGAACUGGGAACACUAUCAGGGCUGUUAGUUUGCUUAGGAUAAUGGAAGAGGGAAGUUGUAAACCGAACACCGUAGUGUAUAGCACGAUUAUUAACAGUCUUUGCAAGGAUAGAAUGGUGGAUGAUGCUGUCAAGCUCUUUACAGAAAUGGAUGAAAAAGGCAUUCAUCGAGAUGUUAUCACUUAUACGUCUUUGAUUCAUGGCCUAUGUAAUUUCGGUCGGUGGAAAGAGGCUACCGAAAUGUUAAGAGAAAUGUUUGACAGUGGUAUUGCUCUGAAUGUUCAUACAUUUAAUGUGUUGAUGGAUGCAUGUACCAAGGAAGGGAAGAUGAACAAGGCAGAGGGGUUACUUAAAGUCAUGAUACAAAGAGGUGUGGAUCCUCAUGUAGUCACAUACAAUACUCUAAUGAAUGGAUAUAGUUUUCAAGGCCACAUGGAUAAAGCAAUCAGAGUGUUCGAUACCAUGGUGGAUAGGAGCAUUCACCCUAAUAUUUUUAGCUAUAACAUUCUGUGGGGAUAUAUUUUUUGA